UGAGAAAACCCAGCGGAGUGGGACGGAGUUGUCACGAAUUCUGAUUCUUACUUGAGCUCCAUAUCAGAGGAUGUAAAACUGCAGAGCGAGAAGUGGAAACCUUCUCAUGGCGUGUCUGUGAACGGGUGUGGAGCUUGUCUGGAUCGUCUGGCAGGUCCCAUCGGUGCUGGGAGUCCGGGAGAGCGGCAGGACGUAGUCGUGUUUCUCCUGCACACCCAGGAGGAUCACCUCCAACUAAGUUCCUCUGCCAUGUUGUGAAACAGCACCAGAGAAAAACUUACCUCCACAAACUCCCCAAAGUGCGGCAAAAGUACGAGCUGAGAUGUCCAUCACCAACACGCCCACCAGCAACGACGCCUGCCUGAGCAUUGUGCACAGCCUGCUGUGCCACAGGCAGGGAGGCGAGAGCGAGGCGUUCUCCAAGCGGGCCAUCGAGAGCCUGGUGAAGAAGCUGAAGGAGAAAAAAGACGAGCUGGACUCCCUCAUCACGGCCAUCACCACCAACGGCGCUCAUCCCAGCAAGUGUGUGACCAUCCAGAGGACGCUGGAUGGACGCCUGCAGGUGGCUGGACGGAAAGGCUUCCCUCAUAUCAUCUACGCCCGGCUGUGGCGCUGGCCCGACCUGCACAAGAAUGAGCUGAAGCACGUCAAAUACUGCCAGUUCGCCUUUGACCUCAAGUGUGACAACGUGUGUGUCAACCCCUACCACUACGAGAGAGUGGUGUCCCCCGGGAUAGACUUGUCCGGACUCACGCUCACUCCUUCUGGACCCAGCUCGGCCCUCAUGGUUAAAGACGAGUAUGAUUUUGAUGGACCCCAGAGUCUGCCCGCUAUCGACAGCAGCCAUUCUCUUCAGAUAAUGCAGCACCCUUCAUCCAGCAGCCGCCCGCCGCCCCCGGAGUCAUUUGUGGCCCCGAACCUGCUCCCGCCCCCUGAGGCCUCCACCUCCAUCUCCGCAUCAGCUUUCCCUGCCGGACCAGGCAGUGCCGGCUCCACCUGGUCCAGGAGCAGCAGUUUCACCCCCAGCAUGACCCACCAUACCAACAGCCACCUGCAGCACCACCCUCCAGUGCCACAUCCGGCACACUACUGGCCGCCGCAUAAUGAGCUCGCCUUCCAGCCUCCCGUAUCCAACCAUCCAGCUCCCGAUUACUGGUGUUCCAUUGGAUAUUUUGAGAUGGACGUUCAAGUCGGGGAGACGUUUAAAGUCCCCUCCUCCUGCCACGUUGUGACGGUGGACGGUUACGUAGACCCCUCGGGGGGAGACCGAUUUUGUCUGGGUCAGCUCAGCAACGUCCAUCGCACUGAGGCCAUCGAGAGAGCAAGACUUCACAUCGGUAAAGGAGUCCAGCUGGAGUGUAAAGGAGAGGGAGACGUGUGGGUGCGAUGCCUCAGUGACCAUGCGGUGUUCGUCCAGAGCUACUACCUGGACAGAGAGGCGGGCAGAGCGCCGGGAGACGCCGUGCACAAAAUCUACCCCAGUGCUUACAUCAAGGUGUUCGACCUCCGUCAGUGUCACAGGCAGAUGCAGCAGCAGGCCGCCACCGCUCAAGCAGCUGCAGCAGCACAGGCAGCAGCCGUGGCGGGAAACAUCCCAGGGCCCGGAUCCGUGGGAGGGAUCGCUCCAGCUAUCGGUCUUUCGGCGGCAGCCGGCAUCGGCGUGGACGACCUCCGCCGGCUGUGUAUUCUCAGGAUGAGUUUCGUGAAGGGCUGGGGGCCCGACUACCCCCGCCAGAGCAUCAAGGAGACCCCCUGCUGGAUCGAGAUCCACCUGCACAGAGCCCUGCAGCUACUGGACGAGGUGCUGCACACCAUGCCUGUCGUAGACCCACAACUCCUGGACUGAGAGCACAGUGGGAAGACUUCCUGUGGGGAUUAUUGGAAACCUUCAGAUCAGCCGAAACUGGAAUGUAAAUCAACACGAAAUCAAACUACUGACAGACAUUAGAACUGUGAGCAUCAGAUUGCUGUACGUCAGUUUGUGAAUACUGCUGCCUUUUGUUGUUUUUCGUAUUUACUCAUGCUGUUACAGACAUCCAGUCAUAAGUUGGAUCACUUCUCGGUGAUAAGGUUAGGCCUGACUUUCACUAUACGAAUGUUACUGAACGAAAGGCGCACAAAUCAGAGUCUGAUAUGGACUUUUCUCUGACCUUUGGGUGUUUCUAGCCUCUUCCUGUAGCAGGAGCCGAGGCGCCGUCAGCAGAACACCUGGUUCCUGCUCGGUUCUGCUGGUCAUAGCUGCACUUGCGUCGUUUUUUUCUUCUUCACCUGGGAAAGUUCAGCUGUUCACCCAUGAUGCAUCGCUCUCCUCAUCCAUUGUGAUUAUGUCGUCACUUUUCCCAAACACAGAAAAGCCUUUCUGAUGAGAUGUUGGCUUAUCAUGACUCACCUCUUGUCUGUUUUAUUUUUAUUUUUUUGGAGGGGAACAAAUGUCCUGCUUUACACUACCGCAAAGGAUGAAUUCAGAGGCCUUCACUUAACUGCUUACUUACUUACUUUCUUUUUUUUUUUUUUAAGUUUAUGCUCCUAGCUCAAAAUAAAAGCAGAAAUCAGAUGGUUUUGGUUUCGAUGAAAUUGAAGCCAGAAAGAGGUCAGAAGUUUAGUUUUGAUGUCUGAGAUUUAAUCUCGGUGCACAAAACGAGCUUCUUUUUUUGUUUUUUUUGGCAAACCAAAGUACUAAUUACUCAGAGAUGCACUAUAAAUACAUCUUGUAUGAUCAUGAGGGUCAGCUGCCUGAAGUGAUUUUUUUUUUUUUUUAACCUGACAGUUAGCUGAGAGUCAUUCUCUAUCGAAUGACGGGCCGCCUGCCAGUCCCGUGAGUGACGAUAGCUUACUUACAAAGACGAGCAUUUAACUCUGCACCCAGCAAUACUGAGACUUUUUGUAACUUUCACUGAGAUGUACAUUUGUGGCACUUUACUUGUGGAUUUAUUUCAUUAACCGUGGUUCUGAGGUGGUGGUCCUGCACUUCAGAUCGGGGAGAGAAUUGAGUGGUUCAGACAGGAACACAGGAAGUGGAUAUGGAGUUGGAAAUCAUACUUUAAUAAAACACUAAGACACCUUUUCUAAAAGUAUUUACAGCUGUGGUCAGCUUUUUUACUGAUCUUUUAGUUCAUUUGAAUCCAUGUGGAGACGGACGCCAUUGCGAGACUUCCGCUCCACCCAUCGGAAGCAGAUUGGGACUUACUGUCCUCCACAAUGUAGACAGAUAGUGAAUUUCGAACCUGCAACCUUUGAGAGAUGAUUGGCUCUACCACCUGAGCCACAGCCGACCCAGUUGUCCAUGCUGAUGUGCUUUUUUAACAGAUUGUCUUUUCCUUUGUUUGGGUUUUAGUUUAAAUUUGAGGGUGCUGAUGUUUGACACAAGCAGUAAAACUGGUCGUGGAUUGCUCUCUAAAAAAACUAACCUUUUUGAGUCUUUUCAACAGAUAAGCAAUUGUGAGUUGUUUUUUUUUAAUCUGUUUACUGCCAGAAUUUCUGCUGAAUAAUGUUUGAUGGAAACUGUUUUUGUGUCCAUGUCCUUAUUUUUUUUUAUAUACACAUAUUACAGGAGCCAAAAGGCAGCUCACAUCAGUUGAUGCUGACUACUAAGACAGAUUGCAGAUAUAAAUUUUGUGUAUUUCUUAUGUGAGAAUAUAUAAUUAAAGUUGGC